UUGUACGCCACGCACACACACGCCCGUCAGCCGAUUCGCCGGCCGCCGGACAGCCGAGCGUUCAAACACGAAUCGCGCGCGCGUCACAUCAGCCGUCGCGUGCGUCGGUCAACAGUGUACGACCGUUCGUCGCCCGCACCGUAAUUCGCUGGCCACGCGCGUGCGACGCGCCUCACCGUGGCGAUACGGUCUCCGGGGGGGUUAUUAUUAUGCGUUCUGGCGGUUCCGGUCGCUAUUGUCACCAUGGAAGAAGUGGUCGCGUUUGUUUACAACGGCCCGGAACUUCAGCAGCAGAGGCCUAUCACGCAGCAGCAGCCGCCGACGACGACGGCGGAAGAAGCAGAAGACGGCGAUGACGGCAACAACAAUGCGUUUUACUGCGACACAGCAUACAGGUGAGCAGUAGUCCAGUGUAUAGAAGUGCUUGUCUAUCUAGAGACAAUAAUACAAGAUACAAGUUAUAGUAGGUAGAAAAAAACUUAAUUAGAUUCAAGACAAAUUCAAACAUUUUCGAGAAUAUACUUGAUAUACGGUGUAUCAAACACUUACUGUGUCUAAAGGUACAAAAUGUACAUGGCUAUAAAUAUUUUUCGAAUUAUACCCGUCUAAAUAAUCGUAUUAUUUUUAUUAUUUUUUUGUGAAUUAUCAAAUGUUAUACUGCUGUGUUUUUGUCCGUUUUUGACUAUACGGUCAAUUAUGUGGAGCAUGACUGACUCAUACCAAAGUCAUGUAGCAGACAGCGGUGCCGUGUACCAAAUACAUGACGCUGCGGUAGUUAUCCGCACUAAUCCAUUAGGCGUAAUUAGUAUUUUUCAGUCGCCGGGGAUUGAGCAAAAAAGUCAACCAUGCAAAUUGCCGUAUAUUUCACAAGGGAUCCUGUCAAUAUGUUAACGGUGGCUAAGCCGCUUCCAGCCCUUUAGUUAUACGGGUGCAUUUAGCCAUCAUAUUUCGGCAAGUGCGGUGUGGACCUUUAAAUCGUUUAUAGUAUAUAAUCGGAUAUUAGGUACAACUCGCAAGAAUGGUGGAAAACCCAGUACCUAGACGGUACGGUUGUAUAUUAUUGUGCGCGCAGAAGCGGUGUGGGGACGCGUCGGCGUCGACUGCACACUCGACAAACGGAUGACGCAGUCCCCGGUGCGUUCGCCACUCGACUUUCGAUUCGUCCCACGCCAUUACCGUCACCGUAGACUGUACAAUUUUGUCGUUAUUUUUUUUUUUGUACGGAUUUUUUUUCGUACGUUUUAUCUCCUUGUAUUAUCUCACGAAAUCGCAAAAUAUUUUAAAACUCGAUUUAAUCUCGUCGUGUAGGUAUAUGUGUGUAUAUAAUGAACAGAUGCAUAGGUAAUACGUAUACAUUUAAAUAAUAAAUAUGUAGUUACAAUAUGAAAUUUGUCAGGACAAAGUGAGCGGUUUUAUACUACAAAAAUAAUUAUUAUUAUUGUAUGAUUUUUAUCAUGUAAGUACGUGAUUAUAUAUAUUUUUCUUUACAUCCGGUUCAAAUUGGUUAGCAAAAAAGGGUUUACAUGUUUAUAAUAUAAUUAAUAUUUUAGGUAGGUACCUAAUUUAAUUCAAUUUUCAUUUUGUUUUGGUAAUAUUUGAAUAGUAUCUUGGGAAUCGUGAAAUUAAAUUAAACAAAUAGAAAACUAAAGUAUAAUGCGAUGGAAUAGCAAAUUAGAUAAAAUGCGCUAAAUAUAAACACUUAAAGAGAACCUGUUGUACAAGUAGAUACAAAACUAUUGUUACUUUGGCAGCAAAAUAACGGAGACUGGUAGAAGUUUAACACUUGGACAUGAAAAAAGAGUUGAAAUUGCUUAUGGGUGUGCUACUCUUGAAAAUUAAAAAAUACCUCCUCAGUGCAUAAACUAUAGGCAGAGUUUCCAUUAGAAAUCACCUCUGAGCAUGAUUACUUGCAGAAAAGUUAUUUACAGCUAGACAAAAAUGACUGAUAACAUAUUGCCCAUAGCCAUAGUAAAACCCGAAACAUUCCCUACUGCGCCCAGAAUUUAACAAGUAGGAUUACACAAAGGAAAAAGUUUUUCAAAAUUAAAAUCUCUUAUUUUCCACUUACAGCAUUGGACUCAACAGUAGGAAAAACUUUGAAGAUAAACGUGUGGAUUAUAGAUAUUACGGGUAGAACAUUUUUUACAAACCAGGUACAUACUAAGUAUUGGCCGAGUAAUAAUGUAAAUAGAAAUCGGUUACCAGGUAUUUAUUUAUUGAAAUAUUAAACGAGUUUGAACCCAAUCAUAAAAUAAGUAUAUAUAUACCUAUAUUAAAUAUAUAGAAUUUUUAAAAAGAUGACCUAGGAUAAUGGGGUCGGGUGCAGCCACUGUUAUUGGCAAUUUUAUGUAUAUCUUUAAGCAACGAUAAACCAUUCUGAGCGCAGUUCAGUUAACAGUGAUGCUUUGUCAACAAUAUAUAUGUCACAUUAUGGUUUAAUAAUGCGAAUUAUUAAAUUAAUUAGACAAUAUAAUUAUCAUAUCAUUAACAUAAUUAAAUAGAUAUUAUAUAUUUUCUUUAAUAAUAUUUGUUUAAUAUUGUACCGAUUUUCCCGUUUUUCCAUUAUAGGCCCAAUUCUCAUUAACCCCAUUAAGAGAAAGUAUCUGUGAGGUGACUAAAACUCGUGAAUUUACGCACAUAUGGCCACAUGUUGGGAGAAUUCUACAAGAUUACUGCCGAUGACGUUGUGACGAUGUUUUUCCAUGUUAUUUCCCGGUUUUUCACAUUUGCUGGGAAAACUCUUGGAAAAAUCGAAAAAUGACCUCUUUAAAAUACCUUUCUAGUCAGAUUUCCUUUUAGAAAACUACUAUAAUUGUAAAUUAGAGCAAAAUUGCUGAUAGAAAAUUUGUUUACAGAAAAAAAAAAUUCGUUAUAUUUUACUAAUUUAUUUUGUACAUUUUCCCAUUUUUCUUAUUUAUUGGGAAAACUCCUGGGAGAAUUAAAUAACAACCUCCCUAAGUUAAAUUUCCAGAAUUUUAGAAAAUACGCUACACUUGAUACAUCGAAGCUAGAUUAUUGGUAGAAAAGUUUGCACAACAAAUCGAGGGGUAUUUCGCGAUUAAAAUAGUCCGAGCGAGUGAUGGCUUGAGGAUCUAGGUACACCCAAAGCGUGUUUCGAACUCGUGAACCCUAUGAUGAAAAUAGGUAUGUAUAACCAUUCAGCUACGAUAAACAUACUUUAAAGAAGACAAUAUUUUAUAGUAUUAUAGUUAAUAAUAGUACAAUAAUAUUAUAGUUAUUUAAUAUAACAUAUAAUAUUCGCAUAAUAUCAGAACUUAAAAAAAAUUAUAAUUUCGAAACUUAGUCCGGUCAAUUCGGACUUCACCAUCGUUCUUAAAUCGGUAGUAUACAAUUGUUCUAAAAACAAAAAAAAAAUUAAAUUUGUUCCACAUAAUUUUUUACUCAACGAUUUUCGUCAAAAUAUGAUAUAAAAUUCCCCUUAAAAAAGAAUACUAUAUCAAACUCAAUUUUUUUUUUAACCACAGAGUAUGCCUCUUAAUGGACUUCCUGUUAAAUUUUCAAGUAUUACUGAUAAGUCUAACAAUUUUACCACAGAAUACUUACUGAAUAAACAUUACGUACAAAACUCGCAAUAUUCAAAUGUUUAUUAAUAGCUUAAAAAUGUCAAAAAUGUUUCGAAAAUUUUACUAUGUCUAGAAAAGGCAAAUUUAAGUUUUUAUCUAAAUUUCAAGUCUCUACGAAUAUUUUUAACUGAAUUAUAACAAAUAAAAAUAAACAAUGAAAGCAUAAUUUUCGUAAAUUUCCUGUUUUUAUUACGUUUUAUCCUGGUUUUUUCCAGCUAUUUUGAAAACUGUAUGGAAAAUCAAAAAAUGACCUCCUAAAAGUACCAUCUGGCCAACAUUUUCAUUCAGAAAUGAUGCCGCGCAUACAUAUUUGUGCAAGAUUUCUGGUAGAAUUUUUGUACACAGUAUAUAUAAAAAAAUAUAUCUUAGUAAAACUAAUACAUUAUUUGCUAAACUCAGAGUCCAAAAUUAGUAGUAUUUUAAGUGUAUUUAUGAGCAAAAGAUUUUUAUAAAUAUUACCGAUGUGCAUGUUUGCAGUAAUGGUGUUAGUAGUAUAAUUAGUAGUUUGAGAUUUUAAAUAAAAUAGGUUCAUCGUUUGUGUGUGAGUAGAGAAAGAUUAGUAGGUUAAGUGGCUUAUGAAGGAUCGUAUGAUAAAUAGGGAGUUAUAGGUACACUUAGGAAAAAGUUUUAUACCCCUUAAAAGUUAGGAAACGUAAAAACUUAUUCUGAACUUUCUCUUAUGAAGUCUCUCUUAUGAAGAAACCAAUAUUGUAAGGGUUAUCAUUGAAAUCAACAUAGCUUCAGUAUAUGGAUGCAAGUAGUUUAAGGGCUUUAUUUUUUAUGAAGUGAAUAUUCACAUUAAAUGUAAGUUUGUGGUCGAAAAAUACCUUAGGAUGAUUAUGGCGUUAGUAAUUCUAGGUAGAGCUUCACCGUUAAUAUUAUAGUCAAAAAAUUAUUGAACGAGAUCGGAAGAAAGUUUUAAUUUUUGAAUAUUAAGUGUAAUAAAAUUGUUUUUGCACAAUUUAAAAAGCAAUUUUAAAUCAAAUUGCAAUAAAGCAACAUCAUUACAAUAAUUUACAACUCAUUAUAGUUAAAUAUCAUCAGCAAACAUUAGCUUAGAGUUAUUUUGAAAAGUGAUGUUAUUGGUAUAAAUUACUGCAAAUAUAAUUGGGGCAAGGUGCGAACGUUGAGGUACGCGUGGAGAUAUUUGAUUUAGACCAAAAUGUCUUAUAAACAACAAUUUGAGUACACUGAGAGUUCUAAGAUUCAAUCCAUUGUAAAAGUGAACCACAUACUCUAAUCAAAAUUAAUUUAUGUAUAAGAAUUGAAUGAUUAACCUUCUCAAACGAUUUUACAAAGUUUAUAUAAUUAAUGUCAAUACGUGAACUAUCAGUAAAGUAUCAAUAAAAGAAUAUCGUAGUGUGUUAGCAAGCUUGUAGUAGUAGUUGAUUUGGACGGUCUAAAACCAUGUUGUUCAUCAACAAUUAUUUUAUCAAGUUCUGACGUUAUCUUUUCUGAUACAAUAGAUUCAAAUAUUUUUGGUGCUAUUGAAAGUAACGGAAUUGGUUUGUGAGUCGAAAUAUUUGGUAAGUCCGAUAGUAAUACUGGCUGAGGAGUAAUGUGAACACAAACCGGGUACCGAGUUUUCACCAAGUAAUAUUACCAUUACACUCGAUAAUUUAAAAUCUAAAUAAAUAAUUAUUGUGAUUAACGCACAAUAAAUUAUAAAUAAAUUCUCAGCAUAUUAUGCAAGUAAAGGCAUAUAAAUAAAUCAUAGCGAGGAAUGUAUUCUCUUGUUAUAUUAAUAGGAUAUAUAAUAUUAAGAAAUAAUAAAUAUAUAUAUAUAUAUAUAUGGGUAACAAGCCCGUGCACAUGUUUUCAUAAUGAGGGGGGUUGAAAAAAUAUAUUUAUUUAACAUAGAUACAUGAAUAAUUAGUAAAUAUUAUAUAUUCUUAAUUUUGUUAAUCUUAUCAACAUUAUAAAAUAUAAAUCAUUGUUUUAAUAAAUUUACUCGACGGGGGGUAGAAAAGAAUUCAUUCAAUGCUUAAUUGAUAUCCAUGUUUAUAUUAAAAAUGAAAAACACGAUUUAUAUUUUUUCGACAAUGGUUUGGGGGGGGGGGUUGAACCUACUCCUUUUCACAUACACACUUAUUUGAAAAGUUAAUUUUAAAUUCGCAAUUAUUUAAAUUUUUUUUCUGAUAGAUAAUUAGUACUGUUUAAGUAGGUAAUCUUGUUGUGUAGUAUAUUAUUCUAUAUACUCUGAGUAAAUAUUGUGUAUAAGUAUCUAUAAUAUUAUUGAUUCAGAAACGGAUUAUUUAAUUGAAAACGUGUUUAUUAUAGUACGUACAUCUGAAUAAUGAUAAUAUUUUUGUCGCGUAAAGACGUCGAAAUAAAAAAAGAGCCGAUGGAUGUAUCGUUGUUGCAGGAGGGAAGUUAGAAAGGUAGGAUAUUACAAUAAUAUAGAGAACCUAAUUUAAUUUAUAACCGUACGCAACGAUUAAUCAUUGCCAACAUGUUUUGAAAUACUGCGAUUCUUACAGUUUUCAUAAACAUUUGAAUUUUUACGCUUAAAAUAAAUAAAUAAAUCGUAAAAUAAACCGUGACUAAUUAAAUUUUCGAUGAACAAGAAUAACAAUGAAAAAUCAUGUAACAAGUUUUUCGAAUAUUUUUGAAACUAAAAAAAAAUUGUAUUCAUAAUAAUCAAAUAACUAAAUUAUUACAAAAAACAAAAUAUAAAAAUAACAGAAAUCGUUUUUGUAUAAUUGUUACCGUCUUUUUCCAAAUAUUAAAAGAACUACUGAGAAUAUCAAAGUAUUAAGUAGACAAAAUUUCGUACCAAAACUGAUAGGAGCGAAAUUGUUAUUAGAAAAGUUGUUUACUUAAAGAAAGGAAACACCCAACUAUCCUAGCAAAACCAUCUGUACAUUAAAAAAAAAAAUAUUCAUAAAGAUUAUUUUUCUUUAUUAGUAUAAUAGUAUGUGACGUGAGUAAUAGAUUACGGAGGAAAAUUGUGAAUUUAAAUAUUAUAGGAGGUGUUAGUAUAUUAAUCUAAUAUUGAAAUGUAUAGUUUGAGGUUGUUGGCGUCGAAAAAAAAUUCUCUAUCAUUGGACUAUACCAUAAGGUACAUUGGUAAGAAUAUAUUUAUAGAUUAUUCGGAGCGUAAUAUUUUAGUUUAGAGAAUAUAAAAUAUGAAUUUUAAAUAAAUACAAAUAACUGAUGAGGUAUACUAUUAUAAUAUUUCUGUUUUCAUUUGUAUGCUUUUUUUUAUAUUUUUGAAUAUGCGAUUUUGACCAGAUGAUUUGAGGGAGGUUUUUCUCCAUAACCUUAUAUUAUAGUGUUAGAUAUCGUAUAUUGGUUUCUAAAAUUAUUUUAUGAAAUAUUAUAAAAUUCUAGGCGGUUAAGAAGUUUUUUGUCUUUAUAAAAUACUUACAAAUUUAAACAUGUGCUUUUUCAGCAUUUAGUAAUUCAUACAAUUUACGUAACAUAAUAUUGUCUUUAAAGUUUAAUAUUUACAAUAUGUUUUAGUAUUUUUUUAAAUUAUACGUAGAAGUAUAAUAUAUUUUUGGUUCGGUAAAAAAGCUUAACAAUUUGAUAAAUCUGUAAAAACCGUAACGUUUUAUAAACCAUUUUCGUUAAUUCAAUUUUAAUCUUUAGAAAAUAAAAUGUUUAACCGAGUUCCACUCGAAUAGCUUUUUGUUCGCGAUGAUUUAUAGAGGCUUUCAGUGUUAACUCUUAGGUAUAUUUAAAUUAAAUAAGGUGUGCUACCAUUCCUAACUUUUUAACUACCCACCUGUGUACAACAGUUCAAGUUUAAUACCUAAUUUUUUCUGUGAAAAAUUGAUAAACGGCUAUAUGUUAUUAAUUUUUAAAAUAUUAUGUAGAUUUCAAAUUGAUUUGUAAUACACCCACCCCCGUGGCCCACCCAAUAAGUCACGUUCUAUCUAAUGUGUGCAGCUAAUUUGAUUUUUCAAUUGAUUCUAUGUGACCCCACGCAGCAUUUACAAAUUAUAUAAUAUACUACAUUAUAUUAUGUAGUUAUAUUUUUACUCAAGUUGAAUAAAUAUAAAUUUUAAUUUUUAAGUGUAAUAAAGACAUUAUACUACUUGUAAGUUAGGAAUAACAGAUUUGAAAAUUAUUUUAGCAUGUACACGAUUUUUUUUUAUUAAUAUACUCGGUAAAUAUGAUUUGAUAAAGUAUAAAUCGUUUUACAAAAUAAUAAACCAAAAUUAUUUGAUUUUUAUUAUAAUAUUUAACCGUCAGUUGUCCUUAAAUAAUUCUUAAAUCCAUUAUCUGCACGUAGGUAUCUAUAAUUUAUUUUCUAUUUAUUUAUUUAUAUGCUUACGUAAACCUGAAUAUUGCAUAAAUUUUCACGUAAAGUGUGUGCACACAGUUUAUUUAUUACCGUGCGAGAGUUGUGUAUAAAAAGGACCGAUUAAUCUCUAUUGAAUUCUUACGGUAUUAUUAUGAUUCAUAUGUUUCAGUUAUAAUAAUAUGUAGGUACCUACUUGAUUAAAAUUAAUCUCGAACAGAACCGGAUCGGGCCUGUAGCACACGGGGAAAAUUUCCGGUGGGUUGCUGCUAGAAUAUUAUUAUAGUAAUAUGGUAUAGUAUAUUAUGUUUACACCUUCCCCAUCUCCACGUUCACACAUCAAUAGCGUUACAUGCAAAGCGUAUGAACUGCUGGUAUUUAGUAGGAGGGUUUCGUGUGAAUUUAAAUUUACCGGUUCACUUAAAUCCCCGUAUUGUGCCCUCGUCAGACCGAUGCUUGAGUACGAUUCGGUGGUUUAGUUUUUUUACUGUGCUGAUUUGUGUCGGCGACUUGAAGGCGUCCAAUGGAAGUUCCUAAAUUAUGCCAAUUAUGCUUUAAAUAUACCCGCCCACCUCACGAUUAUUCUCCUGUCUAAACCAAUCUUCUUUAGCAGACCGUCGUUACUCUCAUAAAAUGUCAUUCCUAAGGACACUUUUAAUAGAAUUUAAAAUUUUAAAGUUUUCUUUAAUUGUUAUUAAUUACUAAUUUAAAUACUACAACAGAAUAAAGUUGAUAUAAAAAGCUAUCACGUAUAAGGAUUCAAUAGUUUUAGGAUGAAGAAACUGAACUUGCCCAUUUGGUAUAGAAAACCUUCGUAUUUUUCAUACGUUUCAUAAAGUAGAUUUCCGCUAGAGGUACAUGAAAAAAAUUGAUUUUACCAAUGGGAUACGAUGUAUUAUAUGAUAUGAUAUUUGGCAUGUAUGAUAUUAUAUAUAUAAUAGAUAUUAUGUAUUUUUAAAAAUAAAUUCACAUUUUCUUCAGAUUUAUUUUGAUAUUCAUUAUUUAAAAAAAAAAAAAAAUUGGACUUUGUUCAAAAUUUGUCAAUGUACUAUAUAAUGUUGAUUAAAUAGAACGUCUUUUUGCGUACAAACAUGUAUAUUAUAUUAUGUUCUAAAUAUUUCAACGUCACAUAUUUCAAACAUGAUUUUUAUGAAAGUGAAUUAUAUUUUAUUGUCGUAAUAUACGUAUUUUAAUAUUAUUUAUUAAAAAAUAUUGCCAUUUAUUUUUGUAAAGUACUAAGAUACUUAGCUAGUGUAUUUUUUGACUUUGAUUCAAAUAAAAGAAUCAUAUACAGUGUGAUCUAAAAGUAUUUACCGUUUUACGCAUUCAUAUUUUUCACAUUUUAAACGUAUGGUUUUACAAAGAUUUUUAUUUAUUUUUUUCUGGGGAUAAUUUUUCUACCAGAAGACUUGCUCCGAUUUUUACGUGUAGCAAAUGUUCUGAGAGGAAAUUGGUAUGGAAAGGCACCUUAGAUACCUUAUUUUUCGAUUUUCUCAAGAGUUUUCUCAUCAAAUGCGAAAAACUGAAAAAAAAAAACAGGAAAAUGUACAAGAUAUAACAAAUAUAAUGUUUUAUAUCUUGAUUUUUUUUUCUGUGGACAACUUUUCUACCAACAAUUUUGCUCCAACUUUUAUUGAUAGCAAUUUUUAUAAAAGGAAAUUUUACUGGAGAGGUACUUUAGAAAGGUAAUUUUUCAAUUUUCUUCGGAAUUUUUCAGCAAAUUUGAAAAACAUGGGAAAACCGGGAAAAACGUAAGAAAACCGGGGAAAUCGGUACAACAUUAAACAAAUAUUAUUAAAGAAAAUAUAUAGAGCCUAUUUAACUAUUUCACUAUAAUAUGGCAUAUAUGUUGUUGAAAAAGCAUUACUAUCGAUUGAACUCCGCUCAGAAUCGUUUUUUGUUAGUUUAUCGUUUAUUAGGUUUAUCGUUGCUUACAGAUGUAUAUCUAUGCAUUGAAUUCCUGUCUGUAUCCUAAUUUUCUAACUUUCCACCUGCACCAGUAGCUACACCCGUCAUCAUUAUCUUGCCUUUUUAUGAACUAUUUUAAUGCACCUUGUGUAACAUUUAAAUUAUUUAAUUCGAAAUAAUCAUUUUUGUUUUGACAGUUUUGUCCAUUAUAAUUUUCAAACAAACAGUUAUGUGCAAUAUGACGUCCAGCCGCAAAGCGAUAUUAUAUCGCGAGAAGGGUUUCAAGACGAUUUAUCUCAAAGCUCGUUCAGCAACGAUACACCGUUGGACCAUUUAGACAAUAAAAGACAUAACUGUGAAUUUACCGGAUGCAAAAGGACGUACAGCACUGUGGGGAAUUUACGUACUCAUAUGAAAACACAUAAAGGUACGUAUAUGUACGCGUUAUAUAAUUAAUAUUAUGAAUUUAUGAUUUUGAAAUAAUUUCAUCAUAAAAAGUCUUAAAAUUUUAAUAAAUAUCUACAGUCAAAAUAUGACUAUACAUUUGUGCACCUAGUUAAAGCAGAAUACUUAUUAUCUUCUUAUUUUUCACAUUAAUAUAAUUUUAAAAUUACAAAUCAGCACCAAAUAAUUUGAAAAAAAAAACUAUAAUAUUGUAUCUACAGCUCAUAGAAUAACAAGUAUUUACUGAAUUUAAAGUUGUUAUAGUUAUAACUAAAGACCGAAUUUUUGUGCAGUGAUCACCUGAAAACAUGCAAUUAAAGUUCUAAAAUGUGCAAAAACGUGCAAACCUAUAUUUUUGAUGUACUUGAUCGUCUGAUUUAAAUACAGGAAAUUUUUAAUCCAGCACUUUAAUUUAGAAGAAUAACUGCUACCUAUUUUCAGCAUUUUAAUUUAAAAUAUAAUUUGUAAAAUAUUUGGUAUUUGUCAAAAAACACUAAUAUAUAAUUUUAGCUACGGCUAUGACGGAUAGACUGUACCUACUCGUCUAUGGUAUUUACCCACUAUAACUACCCGUAUAACAGACUAUUCAUGCAUUGUCGACUUAAUAAAAGUCCGAUAAAAAUGAUAAAGUAACAGAUUGCAAUGUAGUAUGAGUAUAAUACCUAUAAUAACAGAUUAAUAUGAAAAAUAAAUAUAAAAAUUGAGAAAAUACGAAUUCGUGCAUUUUAAUGCAAAAACGCUGAAACGUGCAAUUUUGUGUAAAUUAAAUUUAUGUAUGAUUAAUAGAUUAAUCUAUUUUCCUUGAUUCGGAAUCAUAACUUGUUUCUAAAGGUUUUGGAAUACCUAAUAAAAAGAUGCGAUUGCACGAGAAUCCGAUCUUUACUUAUAACGAUUAUUAUUACUAUUUAUUUUUUCGAAAAGAUAAUGGGCCUCACUGAACAGUUUCGUGUGGGGGCCCAUGAGUUCACAAUUUAUAAUAAGAAAAAUAUUACAUUCAGAAAAUAAUUUAAAUUUAACUAGUUUAGACUUAUGAAAUUAACUUAAAAAUAAACGAUGUAGGUAGCAAUAAUUAAAAUAUGGAGACUUAAUGUGUAAUACAGCUUGAUAAAAUACCGAAGCUAUCAACUAGAUUAAAGAUGUACAAAUAUUUAAAGUUUUAAAUUUGGUUCAUUUUGCAGCCAACUAUUUUUUUCUAAAGUAUUAAGUUGUUUUGAAGUCUAAAGGUAACAUAUUUUAUGUAUAUUUGGUCCUAUAUAUAAGUAAGUAGAUAUAAUAUGUAUUUAUUAAUAUAUUGCACAAAAUAUAAUUUUUUGCCGUCUAAAGUCGUAAGUAUUAUAAUUAAAAAACGAAUAGUAUUUUAACACAAACACUAUAUAACUCGUACAGUUUACGAUUUAAAAUAAUUUGACAAUAAACACAUUACAUGUUAAGUUUAUAAAAUUAACUAAUUUGCGUUUAAUUUUAAGAAUACUCGUAGCAGUUAUGUUCAUUCAUUUUUUUUUAAAUUUGUAAUAAUGCAGUGAAAUAUAUUAUGUGUACACGUGACAGUUAUGUAGUGUAUUAUAAACUAAUUGUAUCGUUUAUUUAUAUCCUAUAAAUUAUACGUAGGACAUUUUAGAGACUAUUUAGGUCCAUGACGCGAUAACAUGAUAUCUGAUGUUGCUUCUUCGCCGUAUACCAUGCCUAGCAAUCUUCGGUCUUCCCUUACUCUGUCCGACCAUUUUUGUCUAGUAGGUCCUUUUAGACAUCUGGUUUCCAUCUCGUUAUUUGUCAAACUAUUCCUUUUAACAUUUCCAUACUUAUUCUCAGUCUAGUGUUUUUCAGGACUUCUGACACCUGUUUCUUCACAUUGUUCCUUCACUUCCUAAAAUAAACUUAUUAAUAUUUGAUUUCAAUAGGGGAAUAUCGGUUCAAAUGUAACAUAAUCGACUGCGGUAAACCAUUUCUGACGUCGUACAGCUUGAAAAUUCACGAACGCGUGCACACGAAACAAAAACCGUUUGUUUGUACCAAAGAAGAGUGUCAAAAAGCCUUCAACACCGUUUACAGGUAAAGAAUUCGAUACUUUCGAAUACGAUUGUUCCGGUAAUCUAUAUUAGAAAUAUGUGAUGUAUGACGGACCUACGGGUUGUUUGUGUAGUACAGGCUACGGGCUCACCAGCGUCUGCACACCGGUGAUACUUUCGACUGUAUGCAAGCAGGAUGUGGCAAAUGUUUCACGACUUUUAGCGAUCUGAAAAAACACUACAGGACGCACACGCAAGAACGGCCGUAUAAGUAAAUAUAAAUUAUAAAGCUAUUUUUGUUUUCGAUAGAAAACCAUAUCAAUGUCAGGUGGAUUUAGAAAGAACUAUGGGUCAUCCGAUUUCGAUAGGCCAUUUUUUAGAGCCGCCGUAGUAAUUUAGUAUAUAAAAUGACAGGGAUUUUAUAUAACAAGCAAUAACAUUGACAUUUGUUAAUUUACUAGCUGUUAAUCGCAAAUUCGUCUGCAUAGAUUUUUAUAAUUUUCUCUCGACGGGAUUAAUGAAAGGUAAAUACUAAAUAGAUUAUUGCAGAUGUAGAUUAAAUGUAUAUAUAUUCCCAACAGUCAUAAAUAAUAACCAAUAUUUAAAAUUAUUCUCGUUGGCUAAUUUAAAAAUACGAUAUCAUUUUCCUUCAAAACUUCGAAAGUGUUUGCACGGUAUUCAGUUUUACGCUGGCAAUCUAUUAUCUGUACAAAAACUAAAAUCGUCUGUUAUGUACUUAUGUAACUCAAUCGUUUUGAUUGAUUAUAAAGAGUUAUUUUCUGUACUAACUUUGACACCCCUUUUUUUAAUCCCUUAAGAGUUGAAUUUAUAAAAAUCAAUUUUAUGUGGUUACCUGCAUUAUAAAGGAACUUAUGAGUAAAAUUUCAAGUUUCAAUACUUAGUGUUUUGGACUGUGCAUUGAUACGUCAUUCAAUUUCUUCGUUUAUACAAGGAUAGUUGAUUAUUGAGAAUUGAUAGCGUGCAAAUUUACGGAAUACAUUCGUUUUCAAGCUGUGCAGCCUACAACGAGGCUAAUGUUAUUCGCGAAUAUUGGUUUGACACAUUGGGGCAGACUUCUCGAUCCCCUCUAGAUUUGCUUACAGUAAAAACCUCGUGGAUACUGUAAAAUUGUCACUUAUGCAUUUCAUGAAUGGCCUAUUUACGCGGUUUUCAGAUGCGUAGAAGAAGGUUGCGGCCGGGCGUUUACGGCCAGUCACCAUCUCAAGACGCACAAGCGAACGCAUUCGGCGGACAAGUUAUACACGUGCGACCGGCCGAGUUGCAAUAAGACUUUCCCGGGAAAGGCCAGUCUCAAGACACACCAGCGGAGUCACGACACCUGGGAUGAGUCCGAGUCAAUGUCGGAUUUCGCGGACGAUUUAUUACAGCAUUUCGACAGCGAAACCAACUUCAGCACGGCUUCGGAAUAUUUAAAGUGCCAAAGUACGUAACAUAAAUUGUAUUUAUUAAUUAAUUAUAAUAACCUAACCUCUUGUAGUUAGAAAAAAGUUCACGCCGAACGUACACUAUAACACUACGGUAUUAUCCGGACAUUUGAUUAAAUAGCCAAUUAAUUCAUCGUUAUUUUUAUUUGCAGGUCAACUGGUCAUACCGCUGUCGAAGGCCAACAUCGAAGCGCUAAAGCGAUCGGAGACGGCCGAGGUGGAGGUCGAGGCGUACCUAUCGGGUAGCGCCAUACGGACGUUCACAGCGGCUGGCACCACGGACUCGACCACGGCGACUGUGCAGAAAAUGAUUCUCGCUGAGCCGAACGACGACAUGCCUGCCAAACUGUCAGUGGAAUGCAACGUUGACGUGCGGAAGGUGGGCCAGGAUGCCAACGGUACGAUCAGUCUGUGUGUGAUGGACAACGGCGAGGUGAUGUCUAGCCUGUUGAUGAUGCCGGUGAUCUACGGCGAUGGUGCCGGCUACGAGACGGUCAUGGAGGACGAUUUUAGUCAGCCACCAGCCAUGUCCAUAGCCACGGAGACGGUACAAGAACUGCAGUUCGUCGACGAACCUGUGCAGCAAACGGUAACGGCCGUCGAACAGUCGGCCGCUGCUAUUGCCGCCGCCACCGAACCCGCGGCCGCUAUGACAUCGUCGUCCACGUCGGAGGUGGCGGCGGCGGCGGUGGCGGUAGCUGAUGAACUCAUACCGUUCCACGACAUACUCGUGUCCAAACCCGACACGGACUUCGCGGUGUGCGAACCACAUCACGUGCAUGUCACCGAAGAACCGAUGCAUACGGUCGAAGAGUUUAGUGUCGAGAAACUCAUACUCAGCCUGGUGGCCGACAACGCGGAUCACUGUCCCGACAGCGCGGUUUCUUCGCUAAUGGUCAGCCCACAGCUGGAAGUGUUUGAACCCACGUUCCCGGUGUCUGCGGUGGCGGUGACGGACGUAGCUGGUCGUGGCGCAUGCGAGUAUAGCCCAGCGCGAUUCGGUGACGGGGUUGACGGUCACGACUAUGAUAUCGCUGCAUCCGAAACGACGGCAGGAGCAGCCGCUACCGAAGCGACAGCACCAACCACCGUAGCCGCCGGUCACGCAGUCACUUCCUGUUCGUUGACCGUGGCCUGUAACACCCGCAAACAGCUCAGAAAGGUGCUCGAACACAGACGUCCGGCCAGCAUAUCACACUGACGCCAUCCCUUGUACAAUUUAAUACACAAUAACGUGUAAUGGCAUGUCCUUUAGGAAGUAUGCUUAUUGAUUCUUUUUUCCAAAAAAAAAAAAAAAAUACAACUAUUUAUUAUAUUCUUAUUAUAUUUUUAUUACCGAAUUAAACAAUUUUUUUAUUUUACUCGUUUAUAAUGUUUUUCGUACGGUUCCCCGAGAAACUUUAUUAUCAGCGCGCACUGCUACGUACUUUAUCUGUAUCGAAAAAAUAUUUGAAGUUUUCAAUAAUCGCGUUCUUAAAAAACGUUAUCGUUCUUUUUUAUUUUGCAAAAAUGUCCACAAUGUGCGUAGCUAUAACAAAUUCCUAUCAGAUUUAUUGCAUUUUACUGUAUAUAGGUAUCGCUGUAUCAGAUGCAGCUGUACUCGAAUAUAUUCGUCACGAUUUCACAUAUUUUUAGAAAUUAAUUUUAUCAUCGCGAAAUAAUGAAAAAAUAAUGUUAGUUAGGUAUAAUGAUUUAAGAUUUUGCAAAUAUCUAUCAAGGCGAGGUUGCAAUAGAGGAAUUAAGUGCUUCUUCGGAUUAUCUAAAUUAUCAAGUGUGGAAAUAUUAUCGAGAUUCCGAAAGGAAAAUGUCGAGAAGAAUCUUCGGGCCUUUUCAGAAUGUAAAUACCAGGAGAAUGAUUUGAAAAAAUCAUUGAACUCUGACAGUUAUCUUCGACGACAGAUAUAAUCGAAAUCGAGAAAAUGGGAUUAUCGUGGGCCAAUCAUGCGCGUAGGGUUGAAGUAAAUAGACUACGCACGAGUUGAGAGGAUUGAGUGAAGAAUGAUGUGGAAAGGAUGAGUUCGGUAAUCGAUUGACAUGAUUUGGUGAUUAACAGAACGAAGGGCAGGAAAUUCGUUGGACAUUGAUUUAUAAUUUAUUUAUAGUACGAUAUGUUUAGUUUAGUAAUUUUCCUGAGCUAUUUGUAUAGAUUAUCUAUAGCUUUCCUUGUUUUGAUGUAACAUAUGUUUAAGUACCUGAAUAGUGUCAUGUUUUUCGCGUUAAGUUGUUUAUUAAUUAAUCUACAGGACGAGAAACGACAAGCUUCAAGAAUCUGUAGAAAAUUUUGUCUUUCAUUUUGACGAACUGAAUCGCAAUUCAAACAGUCCCGUAACUUUUUGAUCACACCCCGUCCAAAUUUAAAUCUCAGACUUUCGUAUAAACUGUAAACUGAACAUUUACAUAUUGUGAAUCUAUUUAAUUUAUAAACACCGUGACAUCUUUUAUAUGGACAGUAUAUAAAACAAUAUUCACGCCUCGUUAAAAAAAAAAAGAGUCAAAUUCAGAGUUCCAUUUUGAUACUGUUGCAGAUGGAAUUUAUAUCAUUGUAUACAUUAUAAUAGCUAGUUAUUAAAAUCGCAUUUAUUUACACUUAUCUAUAAUACUAUUAUUACGUAUUAACACACUAGAUCGAUUCAAAUAUAAUAUAGGCACAUUAAUAUUACACCUAUACAAUAGAGGCGAACGAAGGAAAAAAUUUCGAGGGAAAGGGAGGUUUGAACAAAUAUUUGCAUCCUACUAUACUAUACGAGUAUAUCGUUAUAAAUUAAUAGUAUAAGUAAUAGUUGUUAUUUUUUUAUAUUAUAAAUAUUAUGCAGAGUAGGCACUUUAUAUUUCAGAGGGAUAAAACUUCCAAAACUGCCCAUACGUUCACCGCUGUAUAAUACCUAUGUAUAAGAAUAUUAUUUUUUUUUACGAAUAAUACAAAUUUAUUAACAAAAAUAAAAAAAAAUACGCACCCGAAUAAUACUAUAUAAAAUAUAACAAUAGUAUGGUAAUAAAUUAUAAUGCUUACCUGUAUUAUGUUAGAACGUACAGGUAUUUUUACACCACGACUAACUAUGUAAAAAAAACUUUAUUUUUUUCUGGCCACAUUAUAUAUUAAGUAUAAAUUAUUAUAACUAAAUAAUAAUAUAGUGUUUAGUAAUCGAAAUCGGGGCCGAGCUAUAACUAUUAUUUAUAACCUCACAUCGUGUAACGUAGAGGAGUUAUAUUCAACGUUGCCAAAUUAUUUUACCAGCUUUUUAACUCAUACGUAAGACAGUGAUAAUUUACCAAUAUUAUUAUUGUACUCGGCGUCGGAUUUAGGGUAGGGGCAGGCCCAUAGACUCCCACAAAAUUCAAUUUAUGAGGAGUCGCCACGAAAUAAGUACUAUUAUUUAGAUAUAGUAGUAUUUAGACUCUUCUGAAAUUUAAAUAUCUACAAAUUAUAAUUAUAAUUAUUUUUUUUAAAUUCAAAUUUACCUCUAUUUACCGAACCUUUAUCCGAUAGGCUCUCGGGCUACCACAAUCCUAAAUCUGACCCUGAUGAUACUAUUUGGUUUUGAACUAUCUAUGUAUUAUAAUAUAUUAGUUCAAUAAAAUUGUAUCAUUAUAAUUUUUUUUUUUUAUAAUAUAUUGUUUAAAAUCAUGUUUUUUUUUUUUUUGUGUUUUUAUGUAUAAUAUUUUGUUUAGUGCGACACAAAAAUACGUAAUACUGUAAUUUUGUAUUUCCGGAAUGUAUCUUACAUCGGUUUAUCGCGUAGAUGGACGAACGACAAAACCUCGCUCAUUUAAUUUGUUUUUUUUUUUUCUAUUUUCUAUUAUUAUUUUAACGUGUAUAUGUAUUAUUUUUCGUAAUAAACAUUAUGUAUAAACUUACGUUUAUAAUAACAUUUAAGAAAAAAAAAACCGUAAUUUAUGCAUUACCACAGCCUAUUACGUAAUAAUUAUAAUUAUCGAUCAAUAGGGAAAAACUUUAGACCUUCAGUGUGUAGAAUGUUAAACAUUAAAUUUUUAACUGCAGUACGUUUCACGAAACUAGCGACUCCGAAGUGGCGCUUCCGGUGGCGAAAUUUCGGUGUUCCGCGGUUUCUCAAACUUGCACAAAAAACGCGGCAAUUUGGAAUACUGCACGGUUUUUA